AUGUGCCCAUUUCCGCCCCAAUAUCCUCACUUAACAGUGGUGAAGGUUUGUUACACUAAGGCUUUAAACGAUAUUUCGGUCAUCUCACCCGCUACCCAUCCUUCUUGUUCUUUUCUUCCCGCCCUCCUCCGUUUGAAUUUGGGAAUCGAGAUACGGAUGCUGCAGUCCGAUGUGUCUGGACGUGCUCCACCCGAGGAGGAUGUACAGUGGCACGUAGGAGAAGUAAGGCAGCCACCGCCCUUCUAUAAACUGCCAGGCUCAUCAGUAACGGCACGAGAGAUAGGUGGGCAACACUCAUCGUGUUGUUGCAGAUAUGGAGGUGGAACACACUCUGGUAAUCGCAUGUGGACGCACAGUCGCUCAGUUUCACUACCGGAUAGCUGCAGUAAAAUGUGUUGUUCCUCAUUUACUUGCUGUGGUGUGGGAGCGACGGUAUCGAGACAUGUUUCCGUUCACACGACAAAUGCUAACACUGCGCCACACCACGAGAAUGAGGAAGCUUUGAAGUUACGCAUACGCGUGCUUGAAGGGCAACUUCGACGUGAGUACCAACGACGCCGAUCCCAGGAGGAAAACUUCCAAGUGAGACUGGAACUCCUAAAAUCAUGCUUAGGGACCGCGGAGGGGGCGGUGCGGCACAAAAAUGAUUUAUUUGGUUGCCAUCGGUGUGGGAAUAAUGAUAUUUGCAAUACGUCGGAGGAUUGCCACUCGAGAGAUGAGGUAUUGGAGGCUGAGGAAUUGGAUGGUAGCGCUCCCGGCCCAAUACGCUAUGGAGGUCUUGCCCAGGAUACAAUAGAGUUGUUGGAUUUCUGCGAAAACAUUGAGACAUCGACUGCGCCACCAAAAAUAGUAAAGGGACAUUCCGUACAACGGGACGUCGCUUCUCCUUCCACCUCCGAAAGGGAGGGACAGACUCCAGAUAUUUUGUUCUGUGAGGAGGGUGGUGUGCCACAAGGAGUUCACAUGUUUCCCUCUUUACCGUCAGUUACGUGCAGUAGCGCAGAUGAACACGAGGUUGGAGGUUCUGCAAACCCAAUUGUGGAAGAUCAUCAAUUGGAAGAACUAAGGGAAGUGUCGGUUUCGUGUUACGGAGGGGAGGCGGCUCUAAACAAUCCAGAAAACUCCCGCGUGCAUCCCUACUGCACCAGUUUGUCCUUUAGCACUCCUGCUUUUGGUAUCAAUGGUGUCGGCGAAACGGAAAAUGUAUCUGACGAUCAAAAGAGUACGUCUUGUGAAGCCGUAAACCCUUGCGGCUCGGGAAUGUUGGCACUGACGACGCAGCUUCUCUCCGCUGGCGAGGACGUCUCUUCAUCGGCAUAUUCGGGAUGUUCUGCGUCUUGUUCGGAAACUUUGUGCAAUCCCAAUCAAUUUGGCAACGCGGUUGAUCCUCGUGGAUCAAGAAAUCGCGCGUGGUAUGUCCACACUAUACUUCGUGAUGUCUUCGAGAAAUUGAUUUGCGACCACCCAUCUCUCAAACCUGUAUGGGAGAAAGUGCACAAAUCUGAAGCGACCUUGACCGAUGCGUUUCUUAGCAACCCGAGUGUUCUUAAACUUGCACUUAGUGAGGCGAUGUACUUAAACUUUCGCUGCCACCAUAACAAGCCCCUACUCGAAACGUUUGACGCACCAUUUCCAAGACAGCUUCCCCCCUUCUCCAGUGAAAACACCGACCCCGGGUUGCUGGAGGCAUUUUCAGGGAAUUCUUUCACGUGGUCAGGACAGCGGCAGAUGCACCGAACCGAUAUGGCGCGUGUGACGGUACAUGCGCCCCAAUUCUUCAAUCGCAUGCGGGGAAUUUUGAAUUUGAACAUGGCAGAGCUCCGUGGGGCCCUCACUGACAGGUGCGUAUGGCGUGAAGUUCCUUCGUGUGGAGAAAGUGGAAAAUCACUUAUUUUUUUGGGCAACUUUGUGUUGAAGAGUCUAAAAGAGAGCGAAUUUUACCUCCUGAAGGAGAGUUUUUUGCUUAAAUACAUUCACUACUGCGAACGGAACUGUAUGACGACAUUGCCACACUUCUACGCACUUGUAACGUUUGCGUGGGUAUCAAGUGAAUCGUGCGAGCACUACAUACUUACUCAGAAUGUCUUUCGUACGCCGCACUUCAUUCAACGCAUUCAUGUCGCUAAAGGGGCACGAGUAGGGUUGUUGUCCAAGGCGAAAUCACUUUCUGCUUCGUGGCGAACUCGUUUUGGGGAGGACGUAUUCAGAGAUGAUGACCCACCGCCUCGCCUAUUAACUUGUGGCAAACUAAAGCGGGCACAAUUACUCGCGCAGUUCAUUUCCGAUACUUCUUUCCUAGCUUCAAUGAAUAUUGUCGGUUACAGUUGCUUGAUUGGAAUGCGUAUGCACAACUCCGCAUUUACUGACUGUGGAUACGCAGAAGCAACGUCAUGCAACGGGGAAGGACACGCAACAGGAGGUGGGGGCGGCUCCAUCUUUGACUUUGAUGGUGGUUUCUUGUCGGAACCACUGACGGCGCCGGGUGCCGAGGCUACGACCCCGUGGAGGUAUGUUUGUUAUAUUGGCCUCAUCGAUGUGCUGCGCGAGUACACAUCAGGAAUGGGAUUGGGCCGGCUGACGAGGGGGUUAUUUGGGGACGUUCAGGAGGGUAAUGAAAUGCAACCAUCGGCAUAUGCGGAGUGGCUGCAAGGUGUUUUGUGCAAUGCUACAAUGUAG